AUUCAAUCCCAUGAAGAGUUAAAUUCGACAGAUGUGGUGGUCCUUGAAGUAGUGGUAGGAGUGGUAAAGUUGGUGGUGAGAGAGUCCAACUUCAGGUCCAUCACUCUUUCACUCGCUCACUCGCUCACUCGCUCACUGUCUGUUUGUCUGUCUGUUUGUCUGUGUGUCUGCGAUGUACAUAUUUGCGUUAUCUGUUCGGUACGGGAGAUGCCGCGCAAACACGGCCAAUGCCAACCAACGUUGUCACGUUGACUCCGUCGUUCGCUGUCUUACCGAGUAUUGAUUUCUUCUUCCGUAUGUACUACUUAGUACUUAUACUGCUACAAAUCAUGCUCCCAAAAUACUCCUCGCCAGAUCACGCUGAUCUUUAAGUUACAAUCUGUUGUACAAGUAAAGGACCAAGAAGACGAGGACGAAGACAACAUUUAGCAGUGGCUCGACCAGUUCAUCAGCGAUUUGGGAGUCAAGCAGGUGAAUGAUAUUCGACCUUUAUCAGAGAACGUUAUCUCCGUCAUGAUAGGAACACACGAGCCAACAACUUCUUGCCUUGGGAACAGAAGCAAAGGGGAACGCUAGAGACAUGAUUCUCACCCAGAUUUGGACCAAUGGCGAGCAAUUUCUCCAGUCCCCAUUGCCAGCAUCAAAGUCACCCGCCCUCUCAAAGUCAAGAGGAUCAUCCUCAUCAGCCCCAAAAGAGAGGGAAGCAGGCGGAACCGGAGGAGCCAUCAAGCCUCAUCCUCCAUCCAAUGGUGCUUCGAGCGCGGACAAGAUGAUCAUGAAGAAGAUGAGAAGGAUUCACCAAGAAGAGUUUCCAGAACCCUCCUUGUUCCUAGCCGUGGCUGGCUACGUGUCCUAUUGUUUCCUCAUCGUGGUGGGCUACAUUCGAGAAUUCAUUUGGGGCAUUGGUCCAGUGGAGCACGUGACCCGGACUCAACGGGAACGCGACCGCAAUCAGUACACACCGCUCUAUGCUAGCUUUGAGAGCUUCUACACCCGGAACGUCUAUCGACGCCUCAAAGACACGUUUGGUAUUCCCAUCUGUUCCGUACCGGGGGCCGAGGUCGAGUUGAUGAAUCGGAGCUCGCCCGACCAUUUCUGGACCAUGAAACUGGAGCCGACGAGCCGCAAACGGUGCGUCAACAUGGCCAGCUACAACUAUUUGGGCUUUGCCGAGAACAGCGGCCCUUGUACCGAGGCGGCCAUUCGGGAAAUUCGCCAGGGCGGUUUGAAUGGGGCCAGUCCCGCAGCAGAUUUUGGUGGACGCACGCAGAUCCACGGACAACUCGAGAGGGAGCUAGCCAAAUUUCUGAAUGUGGAGGCCGCCAUGACCUUUGGCAUGGGCUUCGCUACCAAUAGCCUGAAUCUCCCGGCACUGCUGGGGAAAGGCUGUCUCGUGCUGAGUGACGAGAAAAACCACGCCUCUCUAAUUCUCGGACUUCGCCUCUCCCGCGCCACUGUCAAAGUAUUCAAGCACAAUAAUGUCGAUAAUUUGGAGAAGAUACUACGUAAAUCCAUUAUUUGCGGUCACCCACGGACCCGACGGCCUUUCAAGAAGAUUCUCAUUGUGGUGGAAGGAGUGUACUCAAUGGAGGGAUCCAUCGUCAAGCUGCCGGAAAUUGUCGCUCUGAAGCAAAAAUAUGGCGCCUACCUCUACUUGGACGAGGCCCACUCGAUCGGAGCCCUCGGCGCCCAUGGCAGGGGGGUGGUGGACUAUUACAAUCUAAACCAUCGAGACAUUGAUAUUCUCAUGGGCACGUUCAGUAAAAGCUUUGGAGGGAAUGGAGGAUACAUCGCUGGCUCUCAGAAGCUGGUCAAGCAUCUGCGCGCGAGAUCCGCCAACUCCAAGUAUUGCAUGCCUUUAUCGCCACCAGUGGCGGCCCAAGUACUCACUGCCAUGCGUCAGAUCGUCAACCCCGAGGUGGGCCAACGGCGAAUGGCCAAUCUGCGGGAAAACACCCUUUACUUCCGGACCGAGCUCAAAAAGUCCGGUUUCACGGUUUACGGCCACCAAGACAGUCCGGUGGUUCCAUUGAUGAUCUUUCUACCGGCCAAGCUCCGAGCCGUGGUCAACGGACUUUUAGCCGAAGGCGUGGCCACAGUGGGUGUGGGAUUUCCUGCCACGCCCAUCACCGAGGAGCGUGUUCGCUUCUGCAUCUCCUCCGGGCAUACACGCGAGAUGCUCGAUCAGACGCUCUUGGCUAUGCGAAAGUUGGGCAAGGAACUCAGACUCACACAUAAGAUCAGAACUACAUAACACAAUCAAAGUAGCUGACUUUUAGAUUUUUCAGUGUUUCUUUUCUAUUUUGUGUUUCGUAAGUGUAGCACUUCAAAACAGCCAACAAGGCAAUAACAAGGCGUUAACGAGA